CAGCGUUUAUACAGCAGAAUCAUUGAUCCAGGUAUUUGCGGUAAACAACAAUUUUCGUCACGCUGCACAUACCUUUUGUGUAUUCGGAAGAAUUGUAUUUGUGCCGCGUUUGCCUCGAAAUUCGGCUUCGUGCUGGAUUUAUUUUCGUACCUCGGGUUUUCAAUCUCAGCAGCAACGGAAUUGUUAGUAAACAGCAUUCGAUCGACCAAGUGCUGCGUUCAAGAAAACUUACGUCAAUCACAGUUACCACGUGGUGCUUGUACGCUGCUUCUCCUCUAUAUGUUUUGAUGUCAUCCCGCCAUCUUGAGAGCCAAAGCUUGGCAAUGUGCAAGAAACUGUCGUGUUUUCACGAAAUCAUCGAUGAGUUGUAGGGGCCAAGAACAGAUUUAAAUGUGCAUGGGCCGCGUGGGGAAGCGAUGAGCCUCGAAACUUUACUGCAAGCCGCAAAAUAUGUAGAAUAUCGAUCUGAAGCAAAAGCACGUGGCGAAGAACCUCACGAUUAUCAUACUUAUUUUAAACUCGGUUCUGCAAGUAAAGAUGGCCUCUAUUCUCAUGUGGAGCCCUUACCUUCCAAGAGGCAACAGUCAUUUUCUAAUUCUUCACAUUCUGCUGAAGAAAUUAGAGAAAAGAGGCGAUCGCUUACCCCCGUGACUCGAGACUCCUCCUUGACUCAUGAGCAUUCUGGGACUGCUACUCGUGAAGUUCACAAUAAACUGGAAAAAAAUAGGAGGGCUCACUUGAAAGAAUGCUUUGAAGCUUUGAAAAAGCAGUUGCCGAACAUGGAUGACCGAAAAACCUCCAAUCUAAGCAUAUUAAGAGGAGCUAUAAGGUUUAUUCAGGUGCUGAAAAGGAAAGAACGUGAGUAUGAACAUGACAUGGAGCGCCUUGCCCGUGAAAAAAUAGCAUUCCAACAGCGGCUUUCGAUCUUGAAGAAGGAUUUGUCCACUCAAAUGGAUCAUAUAGACAUCAAUAAUUUCAUCAUUCCAGAAGAGGAUAAUGAAACUACUACAACUGCUUCAGAAUGUGGGGCGCUGAGUGACUUUGAUGACAGUUUGCCACAGGAGUCAUCCAACGCCAACUGUGCAGUGACACCUGACUUCACCAGUUCAUCUUCAUCAUCCACAGCCAGUAGUGUUCUUGUGGGACCAGUACCUACAACUGCAUCAUCUGCUUCAUCAAUGACUCAUUCAAAACAAAUUACCUCGGGUCAGUUGCUGCCUGUUUGUAGCAAAGAGCCUGCCACAUCACCACCCAACAGUUUUAUACACGAAUCUGCAAUAUCGGUUUCAAAUCGAACUCCGCUGGUUUCUUCCAUGUCUUCUGGACCGACUGCUCACUCGAUCAGUAAUACAGAAGGCUGCACUGCUCAACCUGCCAGAGUUUUUUCAACUGGCAACCUCCAUGCCAUGGCUGGAAUAUUUGCUGCUCCUCAUACUAUGCAAGUUAUCACUCAACCGUCUGGCAUAAAAGUUAUCACGGCCCCCAAUUCCAUCAUGACUCCCAACUCUUCCGUUCAGCACAUCUCUGUUAACCACCACCAGACACAUGGACAGAUCCAUGUCCUAGCACCUACCUCCAAUGCCCCCUAUGCCACCUCCACAGCAACCUCCAAGCCCUUCUCUGCCGAUUCCCUGGUACAAGUAACCUCCAAGAAUGUCCCCAAGCCCCACCUAAUGUCUCCCCUGGCUCUCGUGUCACCCCAAGCGAUGGUUGGGAUACCUCAAGGAAAGUCGAUUGAAGCAGCGAGUGGCCCGUCGGCAGGCUCUCUGAACCUUUCACAAAAGGGAGGUUCUGUCCUCUCAGGGAAUGUGGCCAUAGCUGUGAAGAGUAACAGUAGUGUGGUGGCGUCUUGUACAUCCCAUUCUAACAUGAUUGCUACACUCCAUGUGAGUAAGCCCCACUCUCAAGUGAUUCAGCCAAAUUUGGCAUCCAGUAUCAUCACACAAGGAGGAUCUCAAGUAAACAAUGGGACUCAUCAUAAUAUAACUUCAUCUCUAAAAUCCACUUCUGUGAAUGCUGUGAGAUCCAUGCCACAACUCUCUGGAGUUGCUCAUGUUGCACAUGUAGUUUCCCAGUCUCCCAUGUCCACUCCUGUCGGCCAGCUGGUUGCUCCGGGGAAUCAUGUGACCCCUCUCGUGGGCUCGGUUUCUGUUGUGUCUCACACGGGAGCGGUUCAUCAGCCAUCCAUCGGCAAGGUGCUGGCUUCUCCUGUCUUGAAGUCGGUCAACCAGAUCAACCCAAUUCCUAUCUUGCAGCAGCAGUUUCUGCAGCAGGUUUCGGUGGGUUCUUCUAACCAGUCAAUCGUAAAGCCGGUCGUCGUGGUGAGCAUGGCCAACAUGGUGCCCACAGCUACCAUGAUUUCAGCAGGUGUUGAGUGCACUUAUAUUACUUGUUAA